GCGGGGGCUCCGCACGCGGCCGCCACACAAAGGCAGCAGCUCCGCACCGCGCACCGCUCCGCAUCGCUCCGCACCGCAGGCAGGAUGCAGGUCCGGGGCUUCCUCCUCCUCCUCCUGGCACUGGUCCUGCUGGCCGCCACCACUGAAGCUGGCAAGAACAAGAAAGAGAAGGCGAAGAAGGAUGGCUCUGAGUGCGAGGACUGGCGCUGGGGUCCCUGUGUCCCCAACAGCAAGGACUGCGGCCUGGGCUACCGCGAGGGAACUUGCAAAGAUGAGAGUAGGAAGCUCAAGUGCAAGAUCCCCUGCAACUGGAAGAAGAAGUUUGGAGCUGACUGCAAGUACAAGUUUGAGAGCUGGGGUGGGUGUAGUGCUCAGACAGGUGUGAAGACUCGCUCCGGCAUCCUGAAGAAAGCCCUGUACAAUGCCCAGUGCGAGGAGAUCGUCUAUGUGACCAAGCCUUGCUCUUCCAAGAUCAAGUCAAAGUCCAAAGCAAAGAAGGGCAAGGGAAAGGACUAGAACGGGAAGCCAGCAUCCUCGUCAGCCCCUCAACAGCGUGCCCAUGGCUGCAGCCAGCCCAAGCUCCUGUCUUCCUCCUCUUCUUCCUCCUUUCCAUGACCUCCUCUUUCACUGAGAUGCCUUGUUUUAAUCGCUAGUGUUGUAGAGAGCAAACCCACCUGCCCCACAGGAGGGGCUGCCACCCUUUUCACCCCCACAGCCAGUGUGUCCUGCUCACCUCCUCUUACCUGGUGUUGAGAUUCACUGGGAUGUGCCUGGACAACUGGGAUGGGAACACACAUAUUUCCACACUCCAGCACAAAUGAGCCACCUUUGGAUCCUUCCCACUCUUCUGCAAGGUACCGAUGCCAGAGGGAAGGGCUGGAUGUUGAACGCCUGAGUAACCCCAUCACUUAUGUGCCCUUUACUCAUGCGAGGACUGCUCCUGGCUUGGGGGGCUUCCUCCAGCAUCCCUUUGGCCAGGGCAGGAGUUUCCUGUAGCAGCUGGGGAAAACAAAACCACCAUCCCCAGGAACCACUGUGUCCCCUCUUCUCCAUCACUUCUAACCAUGUAUGUCCAUGCUGGGGCCUGAUACACCACCACUGGUGCUGGGUGGGCGCUCUCAUUUCUUUUGGAAAAUGGGGUUUGUUUUCUUUUCCAAUAAACAAUCUUUUUUAAAAAAA